AUGGCGUGUGGUGUCUGUCGGCCAGAGGACAGCCAGCUCCAGCCAAACCCAGGAGAUGUCACCGGCGUGCCACACCCCGUGGACGGGCUGGCCUGUGGUGUAUCAUGUGCCAUUGACUCAGUCUCUGGGCUGGGCCGGGCCGCGGCAGGCCCCUGUUCUCCGGCUCCACUGGGCAAGGUCCUCUGGCUGCAGAGCUCUUUCAUCUUCCCCCAGCACAGAAACCAGUUGCUAGGCCCCAAAGAAAACAAGUCAACCGAGAAGAUGUGGAAGGUGCCAGUUCUGCUCUUGGUUUUGGGAAGCGCGUGGCUCUGGGACCCGGCAGAAGGAGCCAGCACAGUCCGGCCAGAAGAUGACAUAACACCAGGUGUAGAAGAUAGCGUGGUGACCCCAGGUGCAGAAGAUAACGUGAUGACCACAGGCACCAGUGAAGAGCCUUAUGAGUCUGGCUUAACAGCUCUGGUGCCAAUAAAUACGGAGAGUGUGACAGACUUUCACUUAGAGGAUGGGCCGACUCAAGAAAGCACAGUCCAUGCCAAAGAAGAGAGCCAAAGCACCACAGCCUUGAAUGUAGUGACUAAUCACUCUGUAGAGAAAGUAGGUGAAGAUACAGAGACAACACUUGAGAAAGAUGGCCUGGCAACAGUGACCCUGGUUGGAAUUAUAGUUGGAGUCUUACUAGCCAUUGGAUUCAUCGGUGGGAUCAUCAUUGUGGUUGCUCGAAAAAUGUCAGGAAGGUACUCGUAA